AUGAAUAAGCUGGAGAAAUACAAAGCGAGUAUACCCGAAUACACCAACAGUGACAGAAUACAGCGUUUGCAAUCGCUUUACUCGGAUUUCACGCGAUUGCGCCAGACGAAUCAACGCGGUUAUCAGGCCAAUAUGGAUUGGUGGCGAGGGGCGUUAAGUGGGAUAAUGGAGUACACGUUCACGGUCGACGACGACACGCCGAGGCAGUGGCAGCAUCCCGUUGCUGGUCAGCCGCGCUGUCUGGGUGUGGUGGUUGAAGGGAUGGUGCACGACGGUGCACUUUACCCGCUCGAAGGGUUCAUGGGGGGCAAGUCUAAUUCGCAUACGCACAACACACGUAGCGCACGCACCACACAAACCACCCUCGAAUGGCUGUUCGCGAGUCUGGGCUUGGGCGGGAGCGGAGGAGGAGAUUAUGAGUCCCCCUCUACUCCCUUUGAAGCGUUCGAGAGGGCGUGCGGCAAGUACGUUGUCGUAGCGCGCGUGCAAAGUCUCGCUGCGCAGGUCGUCGAUCAUCACCUCAGCUGCCCACCCACCAAGUGUCUCUACACGCGGCGGCUGUUCGCGGCUAAAUACUCUCUUGCACCGCUCGACGCGGAUGUGGUGUUGAAGUGGCUGACUAACGAUGGAUAUGCGGUGGUGGAGGGGGAGGCUGUGAAGGUCGUUGGGGGUGGGUGCACUACACACUCGAAUCAAAUCACUCAAAUUGAAGCCGGUAUCAUCGCCAUGGUCGACGCUCUCAACUCGGUUGAUGCACAGAUCGGUGAGCUGGAUGUGGAGAUAGGCAGUUGUAGCGACACUAUCGCUAGCCACCUCCGCAGUAAAGAUACAGACCGCGCUAAACGCUCCUUGAGAUCACGCAAGACGUUGCAAGAUGUGCUGCAGAAACGCCUCGACAGCAGGGAGAAUUUGCAGCAUGUUUUACUCAAAAUUGAGCAGAGCGUUGGGGAUAUUGAGAUUAUGAAGGCUUAUGAAAUGUCAGAUAACACUCUUAAGACACUUCUCAAGGCACCCGAGCUGGAUAAGGACAGAGUGGAAGAUACUAUGGAUAGCCUGUCGCAUACUCUGGCUGACCACGGGGAGAUUGAACAAGCUAUUGCCCGGCCUGGUGCGGCUGAGAUGAGUGGUGAGAUGGAAGAUGAGGUUGAGGAGGAGUAUAGAAGGUUGCUAGAAGGGCAGGAGGGCGAUAAGCGGGAGGAGAAACGCGAGAAGGAGAAGACGGAGAAAGACAUAGAACCAGACACACAAGACACACAAGACACGCAAGACAACCAAGAUAUACGCUUACCCUCACCACCAACUGAUAUAAUUGAUAAAGAACCACAAACCACUAACAAAGAAGCCGAAACUAGCUAA